AUGUCUCGGUUGGUGAUAAUUUGCUGUUUGGUGAUCUUCUGUCUUAAAGGCGCACUAGGACUAUCAACCCCUGUUGCGCAAUGUCGGAGGAAUAAUGGAUCUCUUCCUUUAAACGCCUACGUGUUGGGCUGCUUAGAAACGCCAUGUCUUCUCCCACAAAAUCAGAAUGCAGUUAUUGAUGUAGUUUUCAAAGCCCCCUAUCUGCUCUAUGACAUGAAGUCUAGAGCCGUUGCUGACAUAUUUAAUAAUGAUAUUGAUUAUAAUUUAGAAGAAAACGCAGUCACUUGCAACUUUAUAACAAAUUCGUACUGUCCAAUAUUGGAAGGGGAAGUGGUUGAAUAUUCUCUUAAGAUGUUUAUAUCAUCAUCAAUUCCAACUGUGGCUAUAUCUGGUCUCGGCGGGGGAUGCGACAUAUGGUAUUUUAUAGGGGAAUAA